AUGUCCGAGCCUGGUCGCGAAUCCAUCCCAACAAGCGCUGACCCGCGCAGCCAGCGCCCGACCAAGCGUCGUGCCGUGACCCCCCGAUCCGAACACGCAAGCCAGGUCGAUACACUCUUCAAAGACCCGUCGAAGGAGGUCGCACUACCUGGCAUCGGAAACAAGCGAAGCGCAAACUCCCUCGCACCGCCGCCAGAGAUCGUCGCCAACGUACAGGGUUCCUCGGCCGGUGCGGGAUCAGGCGAAUUCCAUGUCUACAAGGCUAGCCGGCGGCGCGAAUAUGAGCGAUUGCGCCUGAUGCAGUCGGAGGUUGAUAAAGAUCAGGGUGAUAAGGAUUGGGAGAAGGAGCGCGAGGAUACGAAGCGCAAGGACGAUGAGAAAACUGAGAAGAAUCGGAGGAGGAGGGAGAAGAAGAAGGCUGCGAGGGGUAAUAAGAAGGGUCCGGAGGAGGCCAAGGCCCCUGGUACGGUUACGGAGGUUGGUGGUAAAGGUGGCAUGAAGGGCCCCCGAGCCCCGGGCCAGCAACAGGGCCAAGAUGGGACUACUGAUGGGCAGCCACAGUACGAGGAGGUCCCCGGUGUGAUUAUUCACGAUGAGGAUUGA